AUGGGUCCGGCGCUGUUCGAGCUCUACUCCAGCAACUACUCGGCUACCGGUGCCACCGGACGUGUACGACGGGCCAACUCGAACGCCAACCCCAACGACAUGGUGAACGUGUCGACCUCCCAGGCCUCCCAGCCCUCGAGCACCCAAUCGCUCAAUAGUAUAUCCGGCAAUAAACUAUCGCAAGAGUUGGCUGCGAUGAGAGCACAGGUAGGCUCGCCGUCGACGCCUACCCACCGGCAACGGAAGGUGAGCGCUGGCGUACACUACCGGCUCCGGUACGUGGGCUCAGCUACCCUGGAUCGCACCUACACCCUGCCGAUGCUGCCGUGGAUUAUAGCCGACGUGAAACGCCAGUCCCUGUCGGACAGCGGGCGCACCGGCAGCUGUACGGCCAUAUCGGUGGACCUGGAGGUGACGGCGGAGUCGGUGCGGGUGGUGAACGUGAUGGACAGGCAGGUGCUGCUCAACCACCCGCUCCACUGUAUCUCGAAGUUCACGCAAACACAACCCGACAAGACUUGGUUCUCAUACCUGUUCCGUGAGGGCCCGGACUCUCCCUUUGGUAUUCAUAUAUUUCAGGCCAACGACGAGAAUGUGGUGAGUCUUCACUAUUGUUGUUCACCCGACCAGCACCUGGAGUUCGACGCCAUCAACCAACUGCUCAAUCAGCCCAUCACUACCGGCGCACUAAACCACUGGUGCCGUCAAUACCCGCAUCUCUUACCGCAAGACUAUUAGAGAAAAGCUAUUUAUUCAUUAAAUUGAAUCACAGAUGCCUUCAAAGUAUUAUACAAAUCGAG